ACGGCCCGCUGGAAGUAAAACACCAAGUUUGGUGAUAGUCGGUACAACAAAGCCGUUAAGUUACUUUUGCAGUCUUCUCUGGACCUGUGCUUCCGCCUACACUUCUGCGACGAGCCGUUGAACGCUUGGCCAUGCUAGCCGCAUCAGAAAAACGAGCUGUCAUCGAUGUGAAUUUCUCACUUUUUCGAUGGUGCAUUUGCUCAACCUUUGCACACGUGCGAAGUCGCUGCUAGAUUUUUCGACACUCUUCCCAUGACUGCCGAUAAGUUCACGAAUGGCAUCACACGGAGUGAUGAUGUGCCACACGAACGACAGAGAGGAGCUGUUACGGGACUUGCAGAGGUGCCAGUCGCGCUGCAGACAACGGUAACGUCAUGUCCAGGCGUACACGGAUGUUUGACGUCGCUGCAUGAGCGUGCAGACGCUGUGAUAAAAACGGAUACCUCCCGUGAGGUAUUCACUGUCUUGAGCGCGUCGCCCUUUACCAGAGAGGAGUGCUGCAAAAUUCUGCAACAGAAUGUUGUGUUGCGCGCGAAACUGGACGCAGAAACAGCUGAAAUGCAAGAGGAAAUCGAACGACUCUCCAACCUUGCGAACGCGCUCAGGCAAAUCGCCAACCGGGAGCUGGCCAAAAGCGAAUAUCGGAUACUUGAAGGAAGCAUUGUAUGCCUGACGGCGCUUUUCUUUCUUUUGCUAUGGCUAAUGUGAAGGAAAUCAGUAGGAACUCCUUGUUGCUUCAAUCAGGCCCGUGUCCAUGAUGCCUGUACACAAUAGGUCAUUCCGUGCAAAGUGUUUUGUUCCGCUCUUUUGUGUUCAACGGCACAGCACGGCUGGCGACCGUUACUGUAGAUGGCGCCGCUGGUAUUUCUUUUUGGGUGUGACAGGAGACCUCCAAAGCGGGAACGCCUUUAUAAAAAUGUGUUCCGCUGUUUGAGUGUUGGACCACCUGCCACAAUCAAGGCGACAGUGCUGCUCUUUCUGCAGAAGAUGACGCA